UAAAAGGAUGCAAGACGCUGAACAUGUCUGUGUGCUCCAUGGGACCGACUCCUGGCGGCUACAUCACCAACAAUCUGUACAGCUGGGUGGACCCACAGGGCCGGAGUGUCUCCCCGCCACCUGAUAGCCAGGAAGACAGUCAAAGGCACGGGCACAGGAUGGACGAGCGAACGGUGAACCUGAACAUGGAAGGAGGUCGAUCUCUGGGUCUAAUGAUCAGGGGUGGUGCUGAGUAUGGACUGGGCAUAUACAUUACUGGAGUGGACCCUGGAUCUGCUGCAGACAUUGGUGGACUAAAGGUGGGUGAUCAGAUAUUGGAAGUCAACGGUCAGAGCUUUGUGACCAUCUCCCACGAUGAGGCGGUUCAUAUCCUAAAAACAGGGUACAACUUGCUGAUGAACGUGAGGGAUGUUGCCCGUCUACCUCACGCAUGCACAGUGGUGGAUGAGCCCAAAUGUAUCAGCGGUCGGGGAAUAAUCGAGUCCAGUGCGCCUGCUAACCCCAGUUCUGUCCCCAACACCACUAUCAGCAGUGGCAUCCAUGGUACUGGCAGUUCCAGUAACUGUUGUACAAGACCGUCUUCAGCCAGAGCUACACCUGUAUUAGGAAAGCCAGCAGGAUACAGAGGUGUGGGCCCACCCAGUGCUCAGGUGUCACUGGAACAGCAGGCCUACAUGUUGCUGACAGAUCCAGAGAGGCAAACCAUGGCCUACUACCUGCAGGAGUACCAAGAAGGACAUAUAGGAGUAGAGUCUCUGACCAUGGCUCUGUUUGAGCUUUUCAAUACACAUGCAAAGUUGUCCAUGUUGUCUGAGAUGAGGAGACUGGUGGCGCCACAGGAUCUGGACGUGUAUGAUAGACUGGUGUUGCAACAUGGAAGGGAGUCUCACCAGUCCUGGCGUGGAGGCCUAGAAGUGUGGCAGUCUCAGGGCCACUGUAGCCAUAUAGCCCCUGUGAUCCAUGAUGCAGAGCAAACCAUCCCUGCUAUGGAUGAAACGCAGGCUUCAAGUGAACCUCUUCCACCCUUCAGAGCUGCUUCUGUCCAGGCCCAAAGAAGACCAUUCCCGGAGAAAGAGUUCAAUUGCAAGCCUUCAGCCAAAGUGGUGCAGCCCAUUUCUUGCCUGCUCGUCACUGGUCCCACCCAUUUACUCCAGGACUGUCCCCACAAGCCUAUCAAAUCCCUUCCCACCAGCCAAAACCAGCCAAAACCAGCCUCCCCCCACCAUGCAUGCCCUGGUCCCACCCACUACACUUCCCUUAAUUCCCUUCAACACACCUGCCAGAAUUCCUUCCAGCUCUCUGAUUCUGAACACCACAAUAAUCCCCAUUUUGAUUACCAUGUCCACCAUCAUAGCCAGCCCAUUUCAGGUCACCACACCUGCCCAGGUUUCCUGCAUUACCGGGACUUGCCCAGCUCUGCUAAACCAGAGGCAUCUAUCAAGUUUUCUUCUAGAUCCAGCUCCUAUGAAAAGUCUUCCGUCUUGUCAAUGUCUGCAUCCUCUUCAAAAGCAGCAACUCCCCUGCCAUCCCCUCAACCAUCUCAUCAUCCCUCACCAUGUCCGUCCCCGUGCCCCUCUCUCAUCACGCCUGCUGCUCCACCCUUUAGCGCUGACCAACGCUGCUCACCUGCUCUCACACAGAAAGUCAUUGUAACAGAAAUGAACCGGCUAUCAGCAGAUGCCAGACCACAGCAAAGAGGGGCCACCCUGUCACAGUUGUCAGACAGCGGCCAGACUCUGAGUGAGGACAGCGGGGUGGAUAUAGCAGAGGCAGGAGGCUUCAGUAAAGAUGGCAGCCCACGACCUAGCAAAACUCACCGGACCCAUCUGGAACAGCCAGGAUUUCAUGCACUUUCUCCAGGGAUUGGCAGACAACAGUCUCCUUCACCUGUACCAGUGCCUACUGCUGUGCUGGUGCGAGUGUUGAAAAAUUCAAACACCUUGGGCAUCGCAAUAGAGGGUGGAGGAAGUACACGCCAACCUUUGCCUCGCAUAGUCUCCAUUCAGAAAGGAGGCUCGGCUCAUAACUGCGGCCAGCUGAAAACUGGCCAGGUCAUUCUGGAGGUUGAUGGCAUCCCCUUGCAAGGCCGGGAACACAAAGAUGCUGCCAGGAUCAUCGCUGAAGCCUUCAAGACAAAAGAAAAGGGACACAUUGACUUCCUGGUAGUUGAGCCAGGGCUCUAGUAUUGGAACUUUGCACUUUAUGCAGCUUGGUUUAAGAAAACACUGUUUUACGUGAAAGAUGCUAAACUCCAUAUGGUGUUGUCCUAUAAUCAAGGCUCAUAUUUUAUUGUCAGGGAAAGGAUUAUUGGACUGAUGUAUCAGGUACUUGUUGAUUGCACUCUACAGAAAUUUGCACAAUUUAAAGUAGGUAGUAUGAUAACAAUUGUUAUAAAUACCUGUGCUAUUUGCAGUUGUUUAGUUUUUUCAUUUUAUUUAAUUGUGUUUCACUAGAAGAGCCAUUAGCACUAAUUGAUGCUACAGCAAGUAAUACUGACAACAGCCAAUCAUGCCAAAGUGAGUGAACCUGGUCUUUGUAUGCUUUUCAUUGUUUAGAGAAUCCAGAGAAACAGAACUGUUUACAGUCUCUUAUGGCAAAGAGCAACAGUAUUAUUGCACUUACCAACUUAGCAUGUAGAACUUCAAUACAAGCAUACAGUUAGGUCAGAUUAAUUGCUUAAUUAGAAGAUCCAUUAUAUGGACUAAAAUGUUGGGCCACCUACACACUUUAUCUUCAGUAGCUUUUAAUACAUCUCAUUCCACAGUUAUAGGCAUUGAUAUGGAGUCGGUCUGUCCUUUGAGCUUCCACAGCUUCCACUUUUCUGGGAAACCUCUCUGCAAGGUUUUUCACGUGUCUGUGUGAAGUUUUGCCCAUUCGUCUAGAAUAGCAAUUCUGAGAUCAGCCACUGAUGGUGGAAGAGAGGACCUGUGUCACAAUCUCCAUUCUAGUUCACCCCAACAGUGUUUGAUGGGGUUGAGGUUGGGGUUCUGUGCACCAACCAAUCAUGCAUUUCUGUACUUGCAUUAUGGUAAAUGGUGAAUGAACUGAUUCCUAUAUAGCGAGCUGUUGUUUAGUGAGUGAAAGCUUACUGAGCUGUCAGUCAGACUAGAAAAAUCCUUCAGUCCAUUUUGGUCCGUUUUAAUUGCUUCUAGGAUUGCCAGUAAUAAACAUAAUGAGUACCACGUGAUCACAACUGGCAGGAUUUAGUGAUAAAAGCCAAUUUACAAUUAAAGAUGACCAAGCAACUCAAGCAGACUAAUAAGUAAUAAGUGUUUUUUCUUUUUUUAGUGACACUAGUUUUACAGUAUUUAAUAGCUCCACACAAAUACAAAUGGAAUACUAUCUUGUACAUAUUACAUGAAAAACUAAAACAGUUUAAUUCUAAUAAAUAUUAUAAUAACACUUUAU